AUGGCAGGCAGGCCUGCAGUUGUAGCAUUAAGCAAGUGGCUGGAUGGUUUUCCGAAGUGGUAUUAUGAUACUACAAUAUUCAAUAACCUGGGGUUAAUGAGAGAUGAUACAAUACCUGAAACUGAAGAUAUAAGAGAAUCCAUAAGAAGGCUUCCUGAGGACCUUUCUAGUGACAGUAUGUUUCAAAUUAAGAGAGCCCCAGACCUGUCUAUGAAACAUCAGAUCUUGCCUAAGGAUCAGUGGAUAAAAUAUGAGGAGGACAAAUUCUACCUUGAACCCUAUUUGAAAGAGGUUAUUUGGGAAAGAAAGGAGAGAGAAGAGUAG